UCUCGCGACAUCAGCCGGUGGUGAGGCUCCGCGGAGCCGGAUAUCCGGUCUCUUUCCCCGGGCGGCGGUGGAGUGAUCGCUGCUGAUCCGCCAUGAAGCUGAACAUCUCCUUCCCAGCCACUGGCUGCCAGAAACUUAUCGAAGUGGACGAUGAGCGCAAGCUGCGGACUUUCUAUGAGAAACGCAUGGCCACCGAGGUGGCUGCGGACUGUCUUGGAGACGAGUGGAAGGGAUACGUUGUGCGCAUCAGUGGUGGCAACGAUAAGCAGGGAUUCCCCAUGAAACAGGGCGUCUUGACUAAUGGCCGUGUCCGUCUGCUACUCAGCAAGGGGCACUCCUGCUAUCGUCCGAGGAGAUCUGGCGAACGCAAACGGAAAUCUGUCCGUGGGUGCAUUGUUGAUGCCAACCUUAGUGUCCUGAACUUAGUUAUUAUUAAGAAAGGUGAAAAGGACAUCCCGGGACUGACAGACAAUACAGUGCCUCGCCGUCUUGGACCCAAAAGGGCAAGCAAAAUCCGUAAACUGUUCAACCUGUCCAAGGAAGAUGAUGUACGCCAGUAUGUUGUAAGGAGACCUCUCAGCAAAGAAGGUAAGAAGCCGAGAACCAAAGCUCCCAAAAUUCAGCGUCUGGUAACCCCCCGAGUUCUGCAACACAGGCGGAGACGCAUUGCCCUGAAGAAACAUCGUACUCAGAAGAACAAGGAAGCUGCAGCCGAAUAUGCCAAGCUUCUGGCCAAGAGGAUGAAGGAAGCUAAGGAGAAACGUCAGGAACAGAUUGCAAAGAGACGUCGUCUUUCUUCAUUGAGGGCCUCCACAUCAAAAUCGGAAUCUAGCCAAAAAUAAAAAUAUUGGUGGGAUAGGCAAAAUAAAGAGAUUUUGUUGAAA